GUGGGGCGGGAUGGGGCUUCGUCUACGUCUACGUCUAGAAUUUUUAGUCUAGUUUAAGCCACAUUGAUAGACGGGGGUGAUCCGCUGUCGUGUCGUUAAAGCUGAAACUGGAUCUGUCUAUAUGUAGUAAAGAAAAUAAUACAAUUAUAAUAAUUUUUAAAGCAAGCCGCGACAGAUGAAGCUAGUGUAAAUUAAAUCAAAACGUCACGUCGACACGUAGCCUGGAGUAGGAGUAGUGAUUAGACCCAGUGACCAGCACUACCUCACAGGGCGGGUGCGAGCCUCUUCUGCAACGGAUUAAGCAGCACCGAACCGUCGUCUCCCCACCUGUCGCCCUCAUAAUAAGCAAAAGCCAUGUUGCCUCGGUUCCGCUCCCUAUAUGGCAAAAUAAUCAUAUUCUGCCUCAUUGCGCUGUGCUUUAUCCUGUACCACAAGGUGCAAACAAGCGGCGACGAAGAUGUUCCAGCAUUGGGACGAGCUGGUGCCCUUAAAGGACACGGACGGGAUAAGUUUAAUUUGUACAGCGACAGUGAAAACGAGAUAGCUCGCCCAGCUACCAAAUCACCCUACGAGCAGAGUAUCCAACUGGAUUUAGCAAAACAGCGACCUGGCCUCGGCAACAAUGGAGUAGCCGUUCAUUUGACAGGAAGCGCCAAGGAGCGGGGCGAAAAAAUCUACAAGAAGAUUGCCCUAAACGAAGAACUCAGUGAGCAGCUCUCUUACAAUCGCACGGUGGGUGACCAUCGCAAUCCUCUGUGUGCCAGCCAGCGAUUCGACACCAAUUCAUUGCCCAGUGCCAGUGUAAUCAUAAUCUUCUUUAACGAACCGUACUCGGUUCUCCUGCGUACAGUGCACAGCACUCUGAGCACCUGCAACGAAAAGUCCUUGAAAGAGAUCAUUCUGGUGGAUGAUGGCAGUGACAAUGUCGAAUUGGGUGGCAAGCUGGAUCACUAUAUUCGCACACGGUUUCCCGCAGGCAAGGUGACUGUGCUUCGCCUAAAGAAUCGCUUGGGACUGAUCCGUGCCCGCUUGGCUGGUGCCCGCAUGGCUACUGGAGAUGUCUUGAUAUUUCUGGAUGCACAUUGCGAGGGCAAUGUGGGCUGGUGCGAGCCUCUUCUGCAACGGAUUAAGGAGUCCCGAACUAGCGUUCUAGUGCCCAUUAUCGAUGUGAUCGAUGCCAAUGACUUCCAGUAUAGCACUAAUGGGUACAAGGCCUUCCAGGUAGGCGGUUUUCAGUGGAACGGCCAUUUCGAUUGGGUAAACUUGCCCGAGCGCGAGAAACAGCGGCAACGCCGCGAAUGUGAUCAGGCGCGCGAAAUCUGUCCCGCCUAUAGUCCCACAAUGGCUGGUGGAUUGUUCGCCAUCGAUCGUCGGUACUUUUGGGAAGUGGGAAGCUAUGACGAACAAAUGGAUGGCUGGGGAGGUGAAAAUCUUGAAAUGUCAUUUAGAAUCUGGCAAUGUGGCGGCACCAUUGAGACGAUACCUUGCUCUCGUGUGGGUCACAUCUUCCGGGACUUCCACCCAUACAAAUUCCCCAAUGAUCGAGACACACACGGCAUUAACACAGCUCGCAUGGCGUUGGUUUGGAUGGAUGACUACAUUAAUAUAUUCUUCCUGAAUCGCCCGGAUCUCAAGUUUCAUGCUGACAUCGGGGAUGUCACGCAUCGCGUGAUGCUACGUAAAAAACUUCGAUGCAAGAGUUUCGAUUGGUACCUCAAGAAUGUCUAUCCCGAGAAAUUUGUGCCCAAUAAGAACGUUCAGUACUGGGGAAAGGUCAGGGCAGUCAAUGCGAACCUUUGUCUGGACGAUCUCUUGCAAAACAACGAAAAGCCUUUCAAUCUGGGCCUGUAUCCCUGCGGCAAAACAUUACAGAAAUCGCAGCUCUUUUCCUACACCAAUAGCCAGGUGCUGCGCAACGAACUCAGCUGUGCCACAGUCCAGCACAGUGAUUCGCCACCAAGACGGGUCGUGAUGGUUCCUUGCAGUGAGAGCGACAAGUUCAAUGACCAGUGGAAAUAUGAGGAUCAACAGCUAGUGCACACCAACUCGGGAUUGUGCAUCGAUCACGAGGGUCUUAAGAAUAUGGACGAUGUUAUUGUGGCACCCUGCGAUCUGUCUAGCGAAUCACAACGUUGGGUCAUCGACAGUAACUAACGGAGUGAAGACCAACGACGGAGAGAGGACCAAGAAACUGACUAACGAUGACUGACCCUUUUAAAUGAAAACAGACUCCAAUUAGCGCAACAACUUGUAAAUAUUACAUAAUUCGAAUGCUAGAUUUAUAUAUAUAUACAUAUAUUUUCUAUAUGAUGUAUACUAGACGAGGAGGGUAGAAGUAAAAGAAAGUAAAGUCUAUAAGUGUAAGAAGUAGUUAGUGCAAAUCAAAUCAAAAAGUCAUCUUAUAACGAUUAUAUGUAUGUAUAUCCACAUAUGUGUUGUGUAUUUUUUGUGUGUAUAAAAUAGAAGAAAUGUUGUAUAAAUAGCCCAUAUGACGGUAUAUCCUAUAUACAUGUAUAAUCAUAACUGCUAUGUGAUCAGGAAUAUGUGACAUGGAAAGGGAUACAGCUGCAUUCCAAUGCGGACUUUUCGAGACCGCAAAAUCCAAAAACUGUCAAAUUGUAAACUGAAAAGUGUUGUAAGCAUUUAUCUAUACUAAUACAAAACAAUUUUGCCAUUUGUUUUCCCAUAAAUAAAAAAAACAACAAAAAACCUAAAACAAUUCAA